GUGGCGGCGCUCUACGGCAAGAGCGAGGGCGUGGACUGGGAGCGGUGGAUGCUGCUGCACAGGCAGUGGCUCGGCAGCUCCGCGGCGGAGCGGGGCGCCUGGCAGCGGUGGCGGCCGCUGCUGGAGCAGCGCGCGGCGGGCGAGGCGGGCUUCCGGCGGGCGCUGGAGGCCUUCGUGCAGUCCCACCGCCUGAGCGUCCCGGGCUUCCAGGAGGGGGACCUGCUGGUCCGCGGCCGUCUCAACCUCUGCCGGGCCGGGCUGCGGGGCCUGGACCUGCGCGGCGCGCCGCUGGCGGGGGCCUGCCUGGUGCAGGCGGACCUCUCGGGCGCCAACCUGGACGGCGCCCACCUGGCGGGCGCCGACCUCACGGGCGCGACGCUGUGCGGCGCCCGCCUCGCCGGCGCGUGCCUGGCCGGGGCCUGCCUGGAGCUGGCCCGCCUGGACGGCGCGGUCCUCGACGGCGCGGCCUGCGCGGACGCCGUCUUCACCCGGGCGAGCCUGCGCGGCGCGAGCCUGCGGGGGUGCGUCGCGCGGGGCGCUGCCCUGAAGGACGCGUGCCUGCAGGGCGCGCACCUGCAGGGCGCGGACCUCGCCGGCUGCUGCCUGCGCAACGCCAGCCUGCGCCGCGCGCGGCUCGACCAGAGGACGCACCUCGCGGGCGCGCGCAUGCGGGGCGCGCUGCUUGACGGCGCGCGGAUCCCACCCUGGCCCGUACCGGCGGAUGGCUGCGCGGAGCCGCCGAGCGACGCCCCCGCGCUGCUCGGCGCCGCCGCCGGCGACGAGGACCCCGCGGCCGACUCCCUGGCGGGGCCCGCGCUGGAGCCGGACGAGGCGGGCGACGAGGGGGAGCCCCGCCACGCCGAAGGGGACCCUCUCCUGGGCGGCCCGGCCGCCGCGCGGGGGGGCGCCGCGGCGCUGGAGUUCUGCAGGCUGCCCGGGCUGUACUCGCGGGCCCCGCCCGAGAGCUCCGCGCUGCUGGCGCCGCCGGAGCCGAUAGCCGACCGCCUGGUGAGACUCGAGGACGAGAUGCGCAAGGAGGCCUUUGCCGUCCACGGCCGAGCCGCAGACCAGCUGCUCUUCCGGGUCCGGGAGCUCUCCCAGCUGUCCGCCGCCAGGCUCGCCGAGCUCCAGAAGCGGCUGAGCCGCCAGGGGCCGCGCUCGCUGCCGCGGACGCUGGCGCGCGGCGGCCAGAAGG